AUGGCGGAAGUAACCUCCCUGCCCCCGGGCUGUUUCCCGACCAUGAUCACGCCCAUGGCUGAGGAUGGCGCCAUUGACUUCAAGCGCGUGCGCACCCUGACCGAGUGGUACAUCGAGGCCGGCUGCACGGGCCUCUUUGCCAACUGCCUCAGCAGCGAGAUGUUCAACUUGACCGAUGAGGAGCAACUCGAGCUCACAAAGGUCGUAUACGAACAGACAAACAAGCGCGCUGUGGUGGUAUCCACGGGCACAGGUCUGAACAAGUCAAUUGAGGAGCAGGCCGAGCACAUCAAGCGAAUUGCCGGUGUCUCAGAUGCUGUGGUGGUUGUAGUCAACCAGCUCGCCAAGGCCGAUGAGUCGGAUGAGGUUUGGAAAGCUAAUGUACAGAAGCUUCUUGACUUGACCCCGGGCAUUCCCCUGGGCCUCUACGAGUGCCCCAAGCCCUACCAUCGCUUGCUGGCCCCUGCAACCCUGGCUUGGGCAGCUGCCACGGGCCGUUUCUUCUUCCACAAGGACACGUGCUGCAAAUCUCAGCCGAUUCGGGAAAAGCUGCAAGCCUUGGCUCUUCUAGACAAAGCUGUGCCUUUUCGCUUCUACAACGCCAACGUGGCCACGCUGCGCAUGUCCAUUCAAGAGGGUGGCCAUGGCUUCAGUGGCAUCAGCGCCAACUUUUACCCACACCUGCUGGUUUGGCUUUGUGCCAACGCGGGAGACGCAAGGGCAGCCGAGGUUCAAGCACAUUUGUCCGUCUUUGAAAACGUCGUUGCCGACACGUAUCCCCGCUCGGCCAAGCGUUACCAGCAAAUCUUUGCACCUUUGCAAGGGCCCGAGGGCACCCGCGUCGCUGAUGAAACAUACACAUCCGUGAAAACAAACGACUCGCUCUCUCUCUCUCUUUCUUUACCUUUCUCUCUCUCUCUCUCACACACACACACACACUCUCUCUCUCUCUCUCUCUCUCUCUUACCGACCAAACCAAUUCACUCUCUCUCUCUCUCUCUCUCUCUCUCUCUCUCUCUCUCUCUCUCUCUCUCUCUCUUUCCACACACACACUCUCUCUCUUGCAAGGAUUUUGAUUGA